CCUUCGCUCACUUCCGGUCCCGGUCCCGGCGAUGCCGCGGGCGCGCCCGGCCGAGCGGUACCGGCAGCAGUACCGGCGCCUGCGCCGCGCCGCUCGCGCGCUGGUGCUGGAGAACGGCGCCCUGUGCGACGAGGUGGCCCGGCUGGAGGCCAAGUGGCUGCGGGCGCGCCACGAGCGCCGCUUCCUCCUGGCCCGCCUGCUCCGGCUCCGCGCCCUCCACGCCCGCGCAGACCCCGGGACGAGCCCCCCAACCCCGGGGGGCCGGGCAGGGACCCCCCGGCCGAGGGGCCGCGGCGCAGGCAGGGGCGGGGCAGCAAGGGGGAGGGGCGAGGGCAGGAGGAUGCCCCCCGAGGAGGAGGAGGAGGAGGAAGAGGAGGAAGAGGAGGACGAUGACAAUGAGGACGAGGAGGAGGAGGACGAUGAGGACGAGGAAGAGGAGGAGGAAGGAGGAGGAGGAGGAGGAGCCGCCCCGGCUUUCGGCUACGCCGACAUCUUCCUGGGCAGCCCCGCGGGCUCUGAUGAGUGA